AUGGUCUGGGGCGAAAUUUGUGGGGACCAGAAGACAGAUCUCGUCAUCAUCAACGGUAAUCUCACCGCACGCUGUUACAUCGACGAGAUUUUACGGCCUGUGGUGCCGCCCGACCUGCAUCGUCACCCAAGGACUCUGUUUCAACAGGACAACACCACACCUCACACAGCUCGGAUCACUAGUGACUUCCUCAACACUAACAACAUCAACGUUAACCUGCUACAGUGGCCAGCGAGAUCACCCGAUCUGUCUCCAAUCGAACACCUCUGGGACCAACUGGGGCAACGCCCUAUUUACGGUGGAGCCUUCAACGUAAACAUCGAAUCUCGACAGGUUGGAGUUCCAAGCCGAGAUGUGCAGGCGUCACUGGCGUCCUCCGCCAAGCGUUGCCCAAGAUGUCAAACACUGCUUUGUUGCAUUGUUGUUACAGGUGGCCCGCCAGAUAAGCGUAUUUGGAUCCGUGACGACUACUGUGAUGCCACGUCACAUGGGUGUAUUUGGAUCCAUAAAAAACAUUGUUCACAACCUGCCCCAACAUCUUGUGUGACAUCUGCCCAAACAUCGUCCGGAGUGACAACUGCCCAAACAACAUCUGGUGAGACACCUGCCCAAACAACAUCCGCUGUGACAUCUGCCCCAACAUCGUCACCUGCCCAAACAUCGUCCGGUGUGACAACUGCCCAAACACCAUCCGGUGUGACAUCUGCCCAAACAACAUCUGGUGGGACACCUGUUCAAACAACAUCUGCUGAAAGAUCAGACACAACAUCAUCAUCCUCUAACGGACAAACUACAGAUGUACAAAUCGUGGAAAACAUAUGCCCAGACUGUGAACAGAAAAGCGGAAUAUGUGUUUGGGUUCCAUCUGACGGUCCUCCUGUGGAAGAAGUGAAUAAGCUUAUCAAGUCACUUCUUUUGGAGAAGAAGACACUCUCGAGCUACAAACAUACGAAGACAUCGGCUAAAGACGAUCGGCCAUCUGCCAAAGCAAUCGGACAGACUGGAGUCGUCCUCUGUGUCCUCGGGUUUGUCGGAGUGGUUCUUCUUGACGCUGGUAGACUCGUCAACUGGCUUGAGAUGCGACGGAGAAGACGACUGUCCUUCCGCCCAUGAGAGCGAUUCUCUUCAAGUCAGAGUUCAGUGAUUCGCACAGUGUAUGCUUGUGAGCACAUUUCAAGGUUUCAAAUGGAUUAUAUUGUAAUCUUAAUUAUUAGUUGGAGGGUUUAUGGUACAUCUUUUCUGCUUGGUUUCCUUGAUAUAACAGAUCUGUGAAUUCGAAAUACGUUUUACUAUCAAUAUCACUUAAAUGUUGGUGUGUUAUCAAAAACAUUCUGUGCUAACUUCGCUUGUUAUAUUUGGCCUAUGAAUUAUAUAAAUACGAAACGUUUAUCAAUGGCACUUAAUGGAUUGUGUAUUAUGACAGAUAUUUUGUGCUAAAUUUCAUUGCUAUAUCUCGCCUGUCAACCUGAAAUAUCAAUCAAUUAUCAAUCUUACUUAAUUGUUAGAAUUCUUUAUGACAGAUAUUUUGCGCUAAAUUUCAUUGCUAUAUCUCGCCUGUCAACCUGAAAUAUCAAUCAAUUAUCAAUCUUACUUAAUUGUUAGAAUUCUUUAUGACAGAUAUUUUGCGCUAAAUUUCAUUGCUAUAUCUCGCCUGUCAACCUGAA